AUGGAGCACCCUGACAUUGCCAACCAUGACUCGGACGGCUCGGGCUCGUCCGACGACUUCCUGCCCCAGCCGCCGUACGUCGCCAGACCGACGCUUGGCUUCGACGACGGCUUCGACGUCCAGCUCCAGGCCCCGGCGACGGUCACCGUCGCCUCCUCCCCGCCGCCCCCCCAUACCGCCGGCUUGACUCCCUGGCCCACCAUCGCGGGCACGACUCGUCCACGCGGCGCCAGUCUCGGGGCCUCCUCAGCGUUGGACACUGUGCCUCCACUGGACGGUCUCCCGCUGACUGACCGCGACCUGAGGCUGCAACGGCCCUCCGUCCCCGCCAGGACCCCGUCCAACACCUACGCCCCCCAGCGCCGCCCGACCCAGUACCUCAACCUCCAGAACGACCGGCAGCGCUCCUCAUCCACCAAGCGAGGCACCAGACGCGACCCCAAUGCUCAAUACCGAGCGCAGGAAAAGGCCUAUGUCCAGCGGAUCCGGGCAAACCCGCAGGCGUGGUACCGCCAUUUCGAUGAUGCUCAGUCUUAUACGGUGGGAGAUUCGGAUCUGGAAGAGCCCUCGCCUUCCUCGGAGAUGACCUUCGAGGACGAUCCGUACGAUCCGGACAUCCAGCUGUUUCUUGCCGACGAUAACCAGCCUACGAUCGAGGAGCUCAAGAACCCGAAGAACCAAGAGAGACUGGAGUGGCAUUCCAUGCUGGCCUCCGUUCUAAAGGGAGACGUCGUGAAGCAGGAGAAACAACGACUCAUCGGCACCACGGAAUCGAAACGGUCUCUUGCUUUGAAUAACGAGAUCUGGUGGGGUGUGCGUGCGAAAUGCUGCGGCCGGAGUGUUGCCGUGCAGCGGAAACUCAUCGAAGAGGCACGAGCUGGUCUCGGCCCCUUGAUCGAGGACAUUAUCAACUUCGAGAUCAAGGGGGAAAAGGAGAUUGGAAAGCCGCCCAUCCAGCAAGUCGAGGAUAUCGUCGAGAAGAUCGGCAGGUGCGAGGCCCUCUACUCGACGCGCAAGGAGAUGGAAAUCGCCAACCCGCGCAUCGCGUCGGAAGAGUUCUGUUCCAGCCGCGAAGCGGUCGUGGCAUGGCACAACACCACCGCCCUCAUCAACACCGAACUCGCCAUCCUGCAAAGCUGGGUGGGGAACCCGGAGCUCGACUUCAGCAAGCCCCGCGUGAAAUGUCCUGGGUCCGAUCUUUCGGAUGAGACCUCCUUCCUCGAUCGCAUCAUGAAGGAGGACGGUCUCAAGACCCUCCAGGGUCGACACAAUAUGCUGAAUGCACACGAAAAGGUCAUCAAAAAGGCGAAAAGCACCCUCAUCGAGAAUUCAGAGGCCUUUGCCAAACGCCAUCUGCCCCCGUAUAUCGAAGAGCUGUUGACUUUGAUCAAUUUUCCUUCGCGACUCAUCCAGGAAAUCAUUCGCCUACGUUUAUCCUAUGCAAAGAACAUGAAGGACCCCGCCCAACAAUCCAUCAUCCUGGUCGACCAGAUGAUCAAUCAGUUCCAGAUUCUCAUGCGCGUUGCUGUCGAGAUCAAACAGCGUUACCUGGACAUCUCCCGGCCCGAACCGGGCUGGGACCUUCCUCCCUGCAUUGACGAGAAUUUCGACUCUGUUGUCCUGGACGCUUUGAAGUACUACUUCCGUCUGCUGAACUGGAAGCUAAAUGCCAACAAAAAUACGUUCAAGGAGGCCGAAAUCCUCGAACAAGAGUGGGAGUUCUCCAACGAGAUCGGCCGCCAGCUUGAGGGCGGAGAUAUCGAAGUCGCCGAACAAUUCAGUGCCUUGACAGCCAAGUCUCUUCAGCGUCUAAUGAUUCACUUUGAGCGAGAGUUACCGAUACGCGUGAACGAGGGGUCGAUCGAUAUGGAUAAGCGAUACAAGAGUGUUUUGGACUCUACCCGCAUUCGCCAGCGGAAACUGUACCGGUUUUCGCGCUUCCUUCGCCAAUUAUUCGAAAACGCUACGGAAUACAACAUCACUGCUGACAUUGCGUACGAUUUCUUCGAGGCGCUGCUGGUAUCAGACCAUUUCUUAGUCCGGUCAAACAACUCGGUUGGACAAAAGGGGGUGUACCUGAUUGCGCAUCACGCACUGUGGGACCGUCCUGAAGAUAUCCAGGCGAUCCUUGCCACCUCCUUCCGCGAGGAGGACGUGGCGAAAGAUACCCCUCAUGCUCCAUAUGUGCUGGUCAUUCGUCCCGAAAAGCCUCUUGCGUGGGCCGGGAAAGAAAUGCAGGUGGCAGUGCUGGAACAACCGACAGAUGUCCGACUCGGUAAACUGCGGCUGGUGGUGGAAGGCACCCAGCAGCGGCUGUCUAACGCACGCCACGAGUUGGCACAGCUGACCGGCAUCCACCUCGACAUGGCGAUUGAACAACGCGCGAAUCUAGGGCGGGUCAACGUGGAGCUCAACCGGAUCAAGAAGAUCUCCUUCAAGCUCUCGAUGACCAUUAUGGACAGCGUGGCGGAGAUCCGGAACCAACUCAAAGAGAAAGACGUGGAAAACCAAGAGCUGAUCCAAGCCUGCUAUGCCUUUGCCACCGAGUUUGGCAAGCGGUCCUCAAACUACGUGGAUCCGAACCGACGUGCGAUGAACAAUGCGCGACUGGUGGAACUGUCGCUGGAUUGGGUCUCGUUCAUCUGUGACGACUGCGAUGCCGCCGACCGCAAGACGUUCAAGUGGGCAGUUGCGGCCCUGGAGUUCGCCAUGGCCAUCACGUCCAGCAGACAUCUCCUCUCCAUGGAUGAUGUUCAGUUCGGCCGCCUGCGGCUAAAGGUGGCCGGCUGUAUGUCCCUGCUUAUCUCGCACUUUGACAUCAUGGGUGCCCGGUCUUCGCUGGCCGCGCAAGCCGAGAAACAGCGCAUCGAGGAGCGCAGCGGGGCGUGGAGGAUCGGUGCAGGCCGAGUCCUGACCGACCAAGAAGCUACCAGGCUCGUGCGUGAGCAACGGCAGUACGCCCUGAUGGAGAUCGAAGAUAGGCGCGUGGAGGAAGACGCCAAGCGCCAGGCGCUGGGCCGGGUCCUGGAAGGAUCCAACGAGGCAGACCGGUCUCUGACGGUGCUGUCGGCGUCUGCCACGAACAUGACUCUCCGGUGGCAGCAGGGCCAGUUCAUCGGAGGCGGGACCUUUGGGUCUGUGUAUGCGGCGAUCAACCUCGACAGCAACUACCUGAUGGCCGUCAAGGAGAUCCGGCUACAGGAUCCCCAGAUGAUCCCGACCAUUGCGCAGCAGAUCCGGGACGAGAUGAGCGUGCUCGAGGUCCUGGACCACCCGAACAUCGUCUCGUACCAUGGCAUCGAGGUGCACCGGGACAAAGUCUACAUCUUCAUGGAGUACUGUUCUGGCGGCUCGCUGGCCAGUCUGCUCGAGCACGGCCGCAUCGAGGACGAGAUGGUCAUCAUGGUCUAUGCCCUGCAGCUGCUCGAAGGUCUGGCGUACCUGCACCAGUCGGGCAUCGUCCACCGCGACAUCAAACCCGAGAACAUCCUCCUCGACCACGACGGGGUGAUCAAAUACGUGGACUUUGGCGCGGCUAAAGUGAUCGCGCGCCAGGGCAAGACAGUUGCCCCGCUAGACCUGCCGACCAAAGACAUCACCAACAACACCAACAACAACAACAGCCAGAUCGCCGCCGCGCGGAAGAACCAGAAGACCAUGACGGGCACCCCGAUGUACAUGUCUCCCGAGGUGAUCCGCGGCGACUCGUCCACCUCGGUGCACAGGCAAGGGGCCGUCGACAUCUGGUCGCUGGGCUGUGUGAUCCUGGAGAUGGCGACGGGGCGACGGCCCUGGUCAACCCUCGACAACGAAUGGGCCAUCAUGUACAACAUCGCGCAGGGCAACCAGCCGCAACUGCCCGCGCGCGACCAGCUCAGCGACGUGGGAAUCGACUUUCUACGCCGCUGCUUCGAAUGCGACCCGAACAAACGCCCCACGGCUGCCGAGCUCCUGCAACACGAAUGGAUCGUCUCGAUCCGCCAGCAGAUCGUCCUCGAGCCGCCGCAGACCCCAAGCAGCGACGCGGGCAGCACCUCCACCACCAACGCUACCAUCGCCAGCAGCUCGUCGGCGAGUAGUCGGCACAACUCGUCUUUCAUGUAGUUUGAAUCCUUUGCCC